UCUCUUGCAGGAUCUUCUUCUAAUCCUCGAAAACGUCAGGUGCGAUUUUCAGCACGUCAUGACAUCCUGCUCCUACGUGAGGACGAGAACUUUGAGGUGGAUGGACGCAGAUGCAGAGAGAGGACUAUGCUACUACUGGAUUAUUAUAAAAAACAGGACUUUGCCAGUCUGCGCAGGUUUGGUACGGAGCGGCUAUAUGCACAGAAAGAAGACCUAUUGCACGAAGCGCUGGAGCUGGAAGCCGAGAAGAAUCUUCUAGCGAGUGGGGAAAAUAAAUACCAAGAUGAAGAGCUCAGGAAGAGAGCACUGGAAGAAAUAUCAUCCCUUGAGCCUGACAAAUCCACCGUGCUGUCAGUAACAACAGCUCCACCUGCUGUUGUAGCAAGCCCAGAACCUGAAGAGCAGGAGGAGGCUGAGCUCACAGCUCCUACAGCCAAACAGCCAUGUCAGUGCUGCUGCCAGACCUAUUCAGAGAUCCUGAGCUUUCUAGAAAAGCGCUUUGAAGCAGAGCAGAGUCUGCGAGAGGAGGAGAUGGCACUGAGAAGAGAGGAGCUAGAAAUCCAGAGGAGUAAGAUUGCCCUGGAUCGAGAGCGUCUAGGAGCAGAGAGAAAAGAGCGGGAACGACGGUUUGAGCUGGAGAGUCAGGAAAGACAGGUCAUACUCGACUUGUUGAAAGAGAAGGUCCUAAAGAAUGAACGGAACUCUGACUGAAAUUAAAAGUUUUUCUUUUCAGUCUUUGAUGUUGAACUCUCCUUCCAACCAAUGCUAGCAUUUCACUUUCCUUGUUUAAUUUGAUCUCCUUAAAGUAUGAAAAUAAUAUAAACCUAUAAUAAUAUAGUAUAUAUAUCAUUUAAUGCAAUGGGUAAAUGUCUUGAGAUAUGAUUGCAUUCUUUGGAUUACCUGAAGGAGGGAACGGAGACGUAGUCCCGUCGCCACUAUUGCUGUAUCACCGCUGACUCAGAGUUAUGCUCAACUCCUCAGCGAAAAACAACUAGAAUGUGCAUCCGCUUCUGUAUUUAUACCCGCGCCGCAGGGGAGGUGUGUGUAAUACAUUUCACACAGAACACUGACCCCAGGUUUCAAAGACAAGGCUUAAGCCUAGUCCCAGACUAAAAUGCAUGUUUGAACUGUUUAACUGAAAGGAAUUUGCACUGACCUAUUUUAAAAUAGGUCAGUGCCAUUGUUUUGUCACAAGAUGCACACCAGUAAUGUUUUUCCAGGGAUUUAUAAAAGGUACUUUCAUGUCCUAAUUGAACUAAAACAUAAUCCUGUCUUAAUCUAAACCCUGUCGGUGAAACCACGCCUGAAUUUAGUAACUGCUGUAAUGCUUAAUUUUAGAUCCAGUAAUGGCAUGAUUAGAUCAUUGUCUACACUGACUUCAGUGUGCUCAAAGCUGUGCUUAAUUGAAGCUAUUGCAAUUGUGAUAUACCACUGAAUACAGAAACUGUUGCAGUACAUUUAUCAGUACAAGUUUUAUUGGUAAAAUGUUUGCAGACCUUAAUCACUUCACCAUAAAGGUAAAGCUAUUUUAGUUUCGCUUAAUAGAUGAAUCGCUUAAUCUCUAAUAUCAGUUUAAUCUCGGGUGUAAGUGUUAGUGAUUGUGUUAUUAUUUUUCUUCUAAGUAACCUGUUCCCAGAGAUCAUAAUUAAUGCCACAUUUGGUUUAUGUGUAGACCAUUGUGGUUUUCUUCUGCAUUUAAAUCUUUGUUGUGUAAUGUUGCAAAGUUGUGUAAGUAAAGUUUAACUUUAUUAAAAUGUUACCUUUUAUUCAAAUUGUGCUAUUUUGCUAAGUGUGUUUAAUAAGUGGAGUAAACAGGGGAAAAGGACAGAAAAAGCUACAUACAAUGCUUCAAUGUUAUUGGUUUCAUCAACUUUUCUUUACGAAAAAUUAUGAAAAAGCGUAAUGGUUGACUUGGAUUGUGUAUGCUUUGGUAACAAAUCACAUUAAAGCCUUGAUGUUGA